AUGGCCGAGCUCAAAGACUUUGACGUCAUGCGAGUCGCCCGCAGCGAUGGUUCAGACACAGGUCCCGGUUACUGGCCAACGCCUGCAACUAACGCGACGAAAAAGGCCACCAAAGACGUGUUGACUGCCGCAACGAGGCAAAAACCGCACAUGGUUCGUCUGGAGGAGUCGGAUCCACGGUUUGUUGAAUGGAGGGUAAAGUUGGGCAUAUUGCUGAAGCAAGAGCUGGCUCCCAACCCGGAAGACGGAAAUCCCUGGUAUCUACAUUUCCCAAAGGGGUACUGGCUGUACGAAAAGUCCAAGCAUCUUUGGGUCUCGGGAUACCCCAUCAAGGGCAAGUUGUACAAGUCACCGCAGGAGUUUGGCCUUCAUCUGGUAUGGCUCAUGACUGCUUCGAUGGACUACAGAGACUGCUGCUGCAUCCACUGUAACGUUCCAGAAGCGCCCGCCAAGCAGCCUUCCCCCCCGGACCCGGUGGUGAAAGCCCCGGCAAGCGCUGCACCCCCAAAGGCGCCGUUGAUACCCCACAAAGUAACACCUGUUCCCCUGCCGCGCAUCCCAGGGCAGUCACAAGAGAAGCAGGUGGCCGGCGAAGCCCAAUCUCAACCAGGAAGGUCUCAGCAGCCCGCGACUGCCGACCCUUCAGUCUCCGUUGCACCAGCAAUCACGCCGCAGCCGGGGUCACAGGGCCAGGCUCGAACCGGCAUCCAGAUCCCCCAGAUCCAGGCCCAGCCGACAUCACAAGUUCAACCCCAGGUCCCGGCCAGAGUCCAGCCCCCAGUCCAGCCAAAGACUCAACAGCAAAACCGGCCGGUUCCCAGGACUAUCAAGUGGGCUCUGCAAGCGCCCAUGUUGUUCCGCGCUGGCGAGCUAGUUUGGUACCAAAAUGGCAACUCCUGGCGACUGGGCAUCAUUUCGUCCCCCGGAUUUGACCCCUACACGCUGGUCCCUAUCGGCUACGCGGAGGAGGAGCAGCCCGAGAUAGAGAAGCCGGUCAAGGAGAUGCGGCCAUUUCAAGCCUUCAGUGUGCCCGCCGUGAUGAUAGCAGAACUGCGGGACAAGAUGUUUGACCAUGUCGCCUGGGGCGAAAUGUUCCAACGCAUAAGGCAGGACCGCCCGCAGCGGAAUAAUCUGCUCCUAGACGCCUCCAAGCUAGCUGCCGCGAAGAUCGACGCCUCCUACUCGCUCUGGAGCCCCCUUGCGGAGGAACCCAGCAUCGAGACGACGCACUAUUACGGGUGCUUCUUUGGCGCGGAGCGAAUCGAAAUCGGCGACUGCAUUCGCGUCAAGCUGCCGGCGGAUAAUGGCAGUUCACGCAACGGCCCGUCCGUUCUAGGCCUGUGCAGCAUCGUCCUACGUCGUACCGACCCACCUGCCAUCCGCUUCCGUGGCAACAUGUACAAGAUAACAAAGGGCGAUGACGAAACCGGCGUGGCGAUACCAAUUGACAACCUCCCCAUUACCUUGCAAGCCGAGAUGCGGUGGCGGAACCAGUCGAAGCAACCGUGGCGGUGGGUGCUGAUGAAGGAAGACGUCCUGUUGGAUGAAAAGGCCGUGUGCGGCCGCUUCUAUCCGACGCACCAGCUGAUGCCUCUCUUGAACGAAGCUGGAUUCAACGAGGCCAUCGCCAAGGGCGACAUUGAGGGUCAGUAUCCAUACCUCAAUAACAGGAUGGAUGGCUCAAGCGUCUCCGUUGGCUGUCGCGUGAACAGGCUCGACAUGCUCGGCAAGUCGGUACCUAAAAACACAAAAAUUGUGCUGGAGCCUCCCAUUCGAGAGCUUGCCGGUGUCAGUGGUUAA